AUGCGCGAGUGCGGUGACCGGAUCCGGCGAGAGCGAGCCUCCCCCACGAGUCCGCGGCUGGUCCUUCGGAGGGUGCUGGUGCUCUCGGAGGGCAGGCAGUUCAGGGAGGCCGCGGCGGUGCUGCAGAAACUGGGGCACAAUACCAUCGCGGCUGUGGCUACCGAGUUGCCCCUGGAUUUACUCGUCGAGGGGUUGCCCCAUUCGGCUCAACUCUUGGAAACACUUUUCAAUAAGCUAAUAACAUCGGGUCAAAGGCCAAACAUAAACGCCGAACAAGUGGUGUGGCAGCUAGUUAGGCUCUUUGCGUCCCAUGAUGACCCGACACUUAAGACCAAGGUGGGAAGAUUGGCUAAAACAUUGACGGAAUAUCAACCAGAUUUGAAAAGAAUGGUUUCGUCAAAGAAGAAAGCUCUGGAACAAGCUGUGCAAGGUUUGGGAUGCCAUGGAUUAACUCCGGAUGUAAGCGGCCUAACCCAUCUACACGUAGCCAUCAAAACUGAGUUACAGCGACACAUAGAAGCCUACAAAAGCGCCCUUCAUCGAUUGGAGGAACUAGGUCUGGCAGCUUCGGACAACAAGAGACCUGUAGACGCUUCUCAUCAACGAUUGCUUUCUCUACGCCUUUCCGACGUUCAGCAAAGACUUAUCGAUAAUAAAACCGUUUUAACGAUUUUGGAUAAACCUGCCCUGAAACAACUAGGACCGUUAAUUGAGACUCUCGCCACCAGAGUGCAAAAUGACAAGGAAGCACUAUUCAGCAUUUCACAGUUGAAAAGACUCCAACCCGUCGAGGAUGAGAAACCGGUGGCAACAGUAUUGAUGUCCUUUUCCCGCGGCUGUGGCGCCCUCUUGGAGCUCAUGCACACACCCGAGAGCCCCUGCAAUAGUGACACCGGAUACCAUUCGGAGACCGAAACGGAGCAUGAAUUGGGGAGAGAUACAAUCAGCCAGUACGAAAUUCUCUUUCACCAAAGUAGGCCACGAGCUCUUGAAGCUUUGGAUUCUCUGCCAGAUUUAAUGCACGCUACUCAGCUCAAAUCAAAAAUAUUAUUUUCUGUGGUUGUGCUUGCCUUCAGGACCUGCAAAAAUCUACGGGAAGCGAAACUGAGGGAAACGUUUCGGUUCCUUCAUAUCGACAUUCGAUCGUCUGCCGGUCAGAACCUUCGCCAGGAAAUCCUGCGAUGCCUUUCCUCUUCCAAGGAAACUUUUCCUCUAUCAGAAGCGGAGAGUCAGGUUAUCACAUUAGUUUGUGAUACAUUACGGGAAUAUAAAUGUUUGGAAAAUUGCACGGGGCUGAGGAGAUACGUCGGCGAGGUUACGAGGGUCGCUUGGGCACUGGUGAAUCAACUACCUACAUAUGAACUAGACACAGAUUUUCAAACGCCUGUGAAGAUGCAACCAGAGAAACAUCAACGUCAUCAUUCUUCGGACAGAGCCAGUGAUUCUAUUAGGGCCUAUUUGUGGCCCGCUCUAAUGUUACAAAAUAAUUGUGUUUACAAAGCCGUUGUUAUUACAGGUGGUACUUAAG